GCCCUGUCAAUAAUACCUGAGCUAACAUCUUGUCCCCUCGCAGGCAUCACCGUUCUUACCAAGAUGGCCAGGCUCUAGGCUUCUCGCACGCUUCCAAACCCCGCUCUGUUCUUCUCUUUAGCGCCUAUCGUCAUAGUUCCCGAGUCAGCCUUAUAUCGGCCUUUUCCCCGACUUCCCUCUCCUAAUAAAUACUGUCCCAUUUCUUCUAUCCUCAGACGGCAUACCCUAAGUAUCUAGUCCGUGGCACGCGAGCAUGCUGGACCCAAUCCCGCCUCCUCCAGAGUGGUUGCGGGAGUACACUGAGCCCUGGGCUCAACGUUUCAAUCUUCCUGCUCUGACUGAUCACUCUCAUGAAGUCAUUGCUGCCUUUAUCGGCUACCUAUUCAUUCACUACGUCCUCUCGCCAUGGCUGUCUCCGAAGCUAUUCCCUCGCCACUACCCCAACCUAAACAAGCGUACCAAGCUUAAUUGGGAUGUUCAUGUCGUCUCGCUUGUCCAGAGCUCCUUCAUUAACGCUGUCGCUCUUUGGGUGCUUUUCGCCGACGAGGAGAGAAAAUCCAUGACAAUUGGUGAGCGAGUUUUCGGGUACACUGGGUCUUGUGCUCUAAUAAACUCUCUCGCCGUCGGCUAUUUUAUCUAUGAUUUGAUAAUCAGCACUCUCUACGUCAAGAUGUUUGGUAUUGGCAUGCUCUUCCAUGCCGUCUCUGCGCUAUGGGUGUUCAGUUUCGGAUUCAGACCGUUUGUCAACUUUUACGCCCCCGUCUUUAUCCUCUACGAACUCUCCAGCCCCUUUCUCAAUAUCCACUGGUUCCUUGACAAAGUUAACAUGACCGGCUCUAAGUUGCAAUGGUACAAUGGCAUGGCGCUUCUUGUCGUGUUCUUCUGUUGUCGUCUCAUCUGGGGAACUUGGCAGUCCGUCCUCGUAUACAUGGACAUGUUUGCUGCUCUCAGACAGACUUGGUCCGCUGGCUCUUCCUCGCCGCUAGACCCCGUUAACAUCACGGCUCAAAUCUUCCAGACCCGCGACGAUGGCUCACUCUGUAUCAACGAAGCCUGCAUUAAGGCGAAUGCCGAAAUAACCAAAUACUCCAAGCACACGGCCGUCGGCGUUCCUACCUGGUUGGUCGCCACGUACGUCACCUCCAACCUAAUCCUCAACAGCCUCAACUACUACUGGUUCUCAAAGAUGAUUGAAACUGUGAUGAAGCGCUUCCGUCCUCAGAAAGAGCAAUCCAAGGUGGCAGAGAAACUUAAGGAGCAUAACAAGGAAGCUAGCGCGGUGGAGGAGCUUGCGCAGCAGGCUGUUCUCGACGCCGCAUCCAAACUGGAACAAGAAGAGGGAAGUUUAUUCCUAGGGGAUAACGAACAGCCAGUUGCCUCGGGCGUGGACGCCAGUACUUCAGAUCUUCGGAACAGGAAAGCCUAA